GUGCCCUCUGUGUUUCCAGCUUCCGUGUUUCUUCAGGGCUGCCUGCUGGGCAGUGGAUGCCCUUGGCAGGGAGGCCCCUUCUGUGCAGGGCUUGCUGCUUCAGCAUGGCCCACAGCUCCUGUAGCUCACACUGGAUCGCUUACCUGCCUGGAAGUCUUGUCUGGCAUGUUCCUCAGACAGUGUUGAUGGAAGCUGCUGAGUGACACUCCGGUCCUUUGAGCCUGGCAAGUUGUGCGGAGAAACGGAGGGAGGCGGUUGUGGACAUGGCGAGGCUACAUCACGGUUUGCUGUGGAUGUUGGGGCCUGGUGGUCACUGAGAUGUCUGUGGGGCCACACGCUGCCUGCUGUACCCAUGGGAGCGAGGGCACCCUGUGUGGGUGUCCCAGCUUCUUCGGCGUCACGACUCCCUGAGCUUUCUCCAAACAGUUACAAACGUUUCUUCUCAUCUGGCUUGAAGUUCGUGGCUCCGAAGUGGCCAAUUCCAGGGGACACUAUCUUCAGAGGCUCCUCCGUGUUUCAUUGUCCUGAUGUGUCGUCGGCUGCUUAUCCCCAGGGCUAGCUGAGGGUUUCGCGGGAGGUUCUAGCUGUGUGUCUUUAGGUGACUGGACAGCCGUGCGUGGCUUCCCUGUGCCUACUGUUGGUGUUGGGCACCACUGACCACUGCAGCCCAGAGCCCCUUCUCCUCCCCUGCACUUGGUUAGGGUUUGCUCGUCUUCCUUUUUUUUUUUUUUUUUAGACGGAGUCUUACUCUCUUGCGCAGGCUGGAGUGCAGUGGCGCGAUCUCGGCUCGCUGCAACCUCUGCCUUCUGGGUUCAAGUGAUUCUCCUGCCUCAGCCUCCUGAGUAGCUGGGAUUACAGACGCCUGCCACCACACCUGGCUAAUUUUUGUAUUUUUAGUAGAGGCAGGUUUCACCAUGUUGGCCAGGCUGGUCUCAAACCCCUGACCUCAAGUGAUCCACCUGCCUCGGGGGUUUUGCUCGUUUUCUGGGGCAGUGUUUUGGGGUUUGCCUUUCCUCUGUGAGGUGCCGGGUUUUCCAGCAGGGUGUUGUUGUGGGAGGAACGGGGUGUUCACCAUGGCAACAGCUAAUGCUGCCAGCGUGUGAUGAGUGUUGCCUGCCAGCACUGGUGGGCGCUUUCCGCUGCCCCCGUGUAGCCCCCACCACCACCUGUGAGAAGGCAGCACCACCCCCACUGUGCAGACGAGGGAUUGAGGCUCAGGAGGCGGCAGCUGUAGGGGUGGGCUUGGGGUCCGGGAGGAGCCGCCCUGCAGGCCUCCUGUGAAGCAGCGGGCUUCAUGGCUCUUUCCCCGUCCUCCUCACCUCCACCUGGGCCUGGGGAUGGCUGCCACACACCUGCUUCUGCUGCACCGCGCACACUAAGUUCUCCUGAGACCCAAGCCUCAGAGGACCGCCUCAGCCCCGGGGUGACCCUGGCUGGCAUCUGAGAACCCAUGUGGUCAGGAGAUUGCAGCUGAGAAGGCGCGAAGCUGCUGGUCCCUGAAAAGCUGCCGCCUACCCUGGUCUGGAGCCCCUGCGAGCUGGCGUAGAGCAGGAAGGGGUUGCAUCACAGCUGAGUCCUCCCCUGCGCAGCGCAUGGUACGAUGCCACCCCACCGAGGGCUGUUCUGGGGCCCAGGGGCCACGUCAGCCAGGGUGUCGUCCGCCGGGCGUUUGGAGUAAGCAGGGAAAGGUGUCGGCGUCCAGCAUCCUGGUGCGGAGAACGCUGCCGAACCACUGUGAGAAGGCGGGGAGACUGCUUGUCAGGCCGAGCUGACUUUCUGGGCGGUCGGGAGAAGGAUGUGCAGACUGUGGAACUGGCGGGUGUCAGGGACCAGAAGUUACGAAGGCGGUGGGAAGAGGAGCAGCUGCGGGAAGAAGGACUGCCUGCCAAGACCAUGGGCUGUGGGCAUCCUCAGGGCAGGAGCUGGGUGGAAGAGGGGCCUCUUCAGUCCUCUUGGCAGUGAAGGUAAACAGACGUCAGCAGGGUGGACUCGCACUUUGAGCCUAAGGGAUCGACUACAAGACCACCACCAUCCUGCUGGACGGCCGGCGCGUGAAGCUGGAGCUCUGGGACACGUCGGGCCAGGGCCGGUUCUGCACCAUCUUCAGGUCCUACUCCAGGGGCGCUCAGCUCUGUCCCAGGUACUCCCGGGGGGAUUCACUGAUGGACUGGCCGAGAGGACACUUAGCUUCCACAGCUGCACGUCCCCCGGCUGCCAGAACCCCGCAUCUGCCUGCCCAGGAAACUUCCACAGGCUGAUGGCUCCAGGGGAGGGAGGGGAAGCGGCAUUUCUGACACCAUGGAAGGCACCCACCCCCCUGCUGCAGUCCUGCCAGGGGAUCCUCUUGGUGUAUGACAUCACCAACCGCUGGUCCUUUGACGGCAUCGACCGCUGGAUCAAGGAGAUUGAUGAGCAUGCACCCGGAGUCCCCCGGAUCUUGGUUGGAAACCGGCUGCACCUGGCCUUCAAGCGGCAGGUCCCGACGGAGCAGGCCCGCGCGUAUGCAGAGAAGAACUGCAUGACCUUCUUUGAGGUCAGCCCCCUGUGCAACUUCAACGUCAUCGAGUCCUUCACGGAGCUAUCCCGCAUCGUGCUCAUGCGGCACGGCAUGGAGAAGAUCUGGAGGCCCAACCGAGUGUUCAGCCUGCAGGACCUCUGCUGCCGGGCCAUCGUCUCCUGCACCCCCGUGCACCUCAUCGACAAGCUUCCACUGCCCGUCACCAUCAAGAGCCACCUCAAGUCCUUCUCGAUGGCCAACGGCAUGAACGCGGUCAUGAUGCACGGCCGUUCCUACUCCCUGGCCAGUGGGGCCGGGGGCGGCGGCAGCAAGGGCAACAGCCUCAAGAGGUCCAAGUCCAUCCGUCCACCCCAGAGCCCCCCCCAGAACUGCUCGCGGAGUAACUGCAAGAUCUCCUAGCGGGGACGGGCGGGGCCGCCUGUGCAGAUGCCAGGAGGGCUCGAGCUGGACACUCCUGGCUGGACGCCAGGCCAGUGCCGCCUACGUGGAGACUGUCCACACAGCUGCCUCAGAAGCGCCGGGCUUUCCUCACACCUGAGCCGGGUGCGAGGAGGAGCAUGCACGGACCACGCGCGGCAGGCGGGAGGAGAGGGCGCGGCUGGGCUGCUGGUGCUUCCGGGAAUCUUGGUCUGAAACAAGCUGGGCCUCCCCAGCUGCCUGGGCUCGACCGGCCGGGAGCCUGGUUGGCCUUUCUUAUUUAUAUAGAGAACACUUCACUUUUUUGUACAUUUUUAAGGGGCCUUCAGGAAAGCCUGGGUGUGGCCCGGUGGUGGUGCACUGGUGACUUCAUGGCCACGCCAGCUGUGGGGACGCACUUGGGACUCCUCGAGAGGGGACUCGCGGCCGCGAUGGCAAGGCAGCCUGUGAAUUCAUGCGCUGCGAGUGGCGGGGCUGCCCAGAGGCCGGGGGAGCAGACAGGGCCAGUGUUCCCUCUGGAAGCUUGGGUGACCGGGGCCCUGGCUCCCACGGGAUGGAGGGUGUGGUCCUGUGGUCAGAGCCCAAGCAGCACUCAGGAGAGGGGAGAAAGGAGGUGCACCUGGGAGCCCACAUUUUUGUUGCUCCCCAAAUCCCUCCCCACGUGGGGAUGAGAACCUUCCUGCUGUGAUGUGACACCUUCGGGGACACUGACCACUCAAAACUCAGAUCAUCUCGCCCACCCUGGAGAGUGCAGAGCUAUCUGUAGACUUAGGAAUACUCGAUGGGCAGUGGUGCAGACCCCAGGCACCUGCGUGCAGCCUCCUGUUCUCGGCAGCUUCUGUCGCUGGCCCUGGGGUCCCCACAGCUGCAGCUCUCCUGUGAGGUUGCACGGCAUCAGAACCAUCCUGACCUUCUUAGGGACGUGCCUGGAAUCACCUCGUCCACGUCCAUGUCCACCUGGGGGCCUCGGGAGGCUAGGCCCCUCCUCAAAGGCCCACCAGCCCGGCGCUCAUGCUGAGCCCCAGGCACGCAGGGCCGGCCACUUCUCUCCUGAAGCCAUUGGCCGCUCCUCCACCCAGUGCUUCUGCCCAUGCCUGCCCCAGCAGCCCCUCUGCACGGUCGCCGUCGCCUGGGCCUGCCCACAGCACUGGUGCUCACCUCUACCUCCUGUCCUCAGGCCGUGUGGCACGACAUGGCCAGCACGCAGAAGGAGCCCUCCCGGGACCCAGGACCCCCCGUGGUGGACUCCGCGGCACAUGCUUCCCAAGGUGGUCCCACGGAGGGUGUUACUGGGCACCAGUGGACUCGCCCCAUGGCCCGUUCCUGGGAGAUGAGGGCCGUGGCCUGCGUGAACUACCAGAUGAGUAAGGGAACCCCAGGCAUGCGGCCCUGCCACAGCCCCCAAAGACACCGGCCUCCUGCUCCAGCUUCCCUGUCCUGGCCCCACCUGUCCUGUUGCUGCCAGCAGGGCCCUUGUUUGGGAUUAUGAACAAACCUCACAGACUUUGAGGACCUGGAUGGUCCUGCAUUCAUGGCAUCAACACUACCCGCACUGCUGUUAGACACUCCGCCAUUCCUGGUUCUCUCCGAACCGUUCUUUGUACAGUAAAUGUAAUUCAGCUGUGGUC